UAAAGAGUUCUUAGCGCUGGUCCAACUCAAACUCCUGCGUCUUCUUCCUUAAUUUUCAACUUUCACUUCCGCAGCUUCUUCAAUUAAUCCUAUGGGUCGUCGUCUGCUACUCUCCGGCACUGCACUGAUCAUCCUCCUCACCAUCUCUUCUCUCGCAGAGGUCCGCGCUGCUUCCUUCAAGAUAGUCAAUAACUGCCGGCGCACGAUAUGGCCGGCUUUGCAAGCCACAGGCGGGACGGGACAGCUCCCCACCACCGGGUUCGCUCUCAAGAGCGGCGAAUCCAAGAACAUAUCCAUUCUCAAGCCCUGGAAUGGUCGGAUAUGGGGUCGGACCCACUGUGGCCAAGACUCUAGUGGAAAUUUCACGUGCCUGACCGGCGACUGUGGGUCCGGGGCUCUGGAGUGCGGCGGGCUUGGGUACCAGCCACCCACCACAAUGGCAGAGUUCGGGCUAAACGCCACCGCAGGGUUGGACUUCUACGACGUGAGCGUGGUCGACGGGUUCAACCUCCCGAUGCUCGUCGUGCCCAAAGUUACGAGCGGUGAACGUGCAUGCGGCACUACCGGGUGCUUGGUGGACUUGAACGGCGCGUGCCCCAAGGUGCUCAGCGUGCAGCGUGGGGAUGGGAGGGAAGGUGUGGUCGCUUGCAGGAAUGGAUUGGAGCUCCGGGAGGUCCUGGCGCUCCUUGACCUCAGCAUGGCGGCCAAAUAUAGGUGGUCGUUGUACUCGCGGUUUUUCAGGUCUGCUUGCCCACGCGCGUAUACUGACCCGUACGAAGAUAGGACUGCCACAUUGACGUGUGCCUCCGCCGACUACAUUAUCACAUUCUGCCCCUCCCCUAAUACUGGUAAAACUACCGAAUAACCAUAUGGUAUGAAUCAUUUUGUGUUGGUAUCUUAUGCAAAUGUGGGGUUAGUUUAGUCAUUCUGUACGGAUGCAUGGUUUGCCACGCUGGCACUUUCCUGAAAUUUCACGGUUUGUAUGAAUAAUAAAGCAGAUAACGAUGUAAUGAACAUUAUUGAGGUGUGAAUUUGUUUUGUUAACAAAAGAUGAUCCAAUGCCUUGUUAUAUCAAUUUUGUAAGAUAAUUGUAAAAUCGAGAGUAAAUUGGCUCGGUCAUAUUAGUAGAAUGAAAUAUUUGU